AUGGUCUUGGAGCAACUACCACUACCAAAGCCGACCGAGGGCAACAAUGGUCAUGAGCCGCGUCUCAUCAUCGUCUCCAACCGCCUGCCUGUGACCAUCUCCAAAGAUUCCGACGGCGAGUACUCGUUCAAGAUGUCCUCGGGCGGCCUGGUCUCGGCGCUCUCCGGGUGCAAGAAGACGAUGUCGUUCACCUGGAUUGGCUGGCCCGGCAAGGAUAUCCCAGUCCAGGACCGAGAGUAUGUCAACCAGCGUCUGCUGGAAGAGUACCAAUGUUAUCCGGUCUAUCUUUCAGACGACGUCGCCGACCGCCACUACAAUGGUUUCUCUAACUCGAUCCUUUGGCCACUUUUCCACUACCACCCGGGGGAGAUGAACUUUGACGCGUCAUAUUGGCUCGCAUAUCGUGAAGCAAACAUCCGCUUCGCCGACGUUGUCGCGUCCUUUGUCCGUACUGGCGAUGUCGUCUGGGUGCAGGACUACCAUCUCAUGCUCCUGCCCAUGCUCCUCCGCAGCAUGAUCACUGGCGAGUCAAACCAGGGCGAGAUGACGCGCCUCGAGAUGGACCGCGUCAAGGAGGGUGUUGACGAGGCUGUCGUCAAUGACAUCAACAUCAAGAUGCCGCCGCCAAACCGCGGCAAUGGCGGCAGCGCCGACGAGGGUGUCGAGAUGCUCGAGGACGUUGAGGGGGCGUUGCACUUCAAAAGCUCCAGCUUGCGUCACACCAGCAGCUUGACCAGCAUGACCCCUUACCAAAAGUCGGAGAUCCAGGCGCGUCGCAGGGGUAAGGGAGGGGUGCGCAUUGGCUUCUUCCUGCACACGCCGUUCCCCUCGAGUGAGAUCUACCGGAUCCUUCCAGUCAGACGGGAGAUCCUCCUCGGGGUUCUCCAGUGCGACCUGAUCGGCUUUCACACAUACGAUUACGCCCGCCACUUCCUGAGUGCAUGCACCCGCAUCCUCGGCCUCGAGACACAGCCUAACGGGAUUGAGUUUGAGGGCCGUUGGGUGCAAGUCGGUACUUUCCCCAUUGGCAUCGACCCCUGGCAGUUUGUUGAAGGAGUCAAGCUCGCGGUCGUCCAGGAGCGUCUGGAGCGGCUAGAGAAACGCUACGAGGACUGCAAGGUCAUCAUUGGCGUCGACCGUCUGGACUACAUCAAGGGCAUCCCACAAAAGCUUCAUGCCUUCGAGGUCUUCCUCACUCAACACCCUGAGUGGAUAGAAAAGGUCAUUCUCAUCCAGCUGGCCAUCCCCUCUCGGCAGGACGUCGAGGAGUACAUGAACCUGCGGUCGUGCGUCAACGAGUUGGUCGGGCGCAUCAACGGUCAAUUCAGUACCCCGACCUGGACCCCAAUCGUCUUCAUGCACCGCUCUGUCCCGUUCGAGGAGCUCACGGCUCUGUACGCUUUGGCAGAUGUGUGCUUGGUGACAUCGACUCGCGACGGCAUGAACCUUGUCGCCUACGAGUAUAUCUCAACGCAGGCCGAGAAACACGGCUCCAUGAUUCUUUCCGAGUUUGCUGGAGCGUCGCAGAGUCUUGCGGGCUCACUCAUCAUCAACCCUUGGGACGUGGACUCGACCGCUAGCGCAAUCCACCAAGCCCUCACAUUGGCUCCAGAGGUUCGUGCGCAGAACUGGACCAAGCUGUUUGCCUACGUGUCGAACUUCACUGCCCAGUCGUGGGGCCUGUCGUUCCUCAAUGAGCUCAACCGGUCGACUGGCCGCCGACCCACCGGACCACUCUUAGGAGGGCGCCGUAAGUCGAGCGGCAACCUCAGCCGGGCUAGCUCUAGGGCGAGUAUCAAGCGCCGCUUCACCGUCAACUCGUCUACACCAGUCACGCCAGUGGCUACCACUUAA